CGGCUCGGCGGGCGCGUCACGUGGCUGGCGCAGCGCGGCCUCCAGGCUCCGGGCGCGGGCGAGGGGCCGGGCGGGAGGACUGACAGACCCACGGACGCUCCACCGGCGGCACCCGGCCGGGCGGGCUGGGCGCAGCGCGGGGCGGCCCGGGGACGCCGGGGCCGGGCGGGCUGCUCGUUGCGGGGCAUGGGCGCGCCGGGGGUCCCCGGGCCCAGGCCGGCCGCGGCGGGGCUCCCGGGGCGCGGGGGCAGCGGCGGGCGGGGGUCUUCCCUGGCGGCCGCCGCUGAGCCCCCGCGGGGCCCGUGACGCCGCGGCCGAUGUGGCCCCGCGCGCGCUACGGGCCUGCACCGCCACCGCACAAAGACGCCUUGGGAGCCGCCGCCUGCACCCGGACCGCAGCAGCCACGCCAGCCGGAGCCCGAGCCCUAGCCCGAGCCCGAGCCCGAGCCGCAACCAGAGCCAGAGCCGCAGCCGGAACCGGAGCCGGAGCCUGGGGGCAGGAGGCGGCGCCCGCGGGCGGCCGGGCCCGGCAUGGAGAAGCGCGCGGCCGCGGGGCUGGAGGGCGCGCCGGGCGCCCGGGCGCAGCUGGCCGUCGUCUGUCUGGUGAACAUCUUUCUCACCGGGAGACUCAGCAGUGCAGUUCCUGCCUUAGCGGCCUGCAGUGGGAAGCUGGAGCAGCACACGGAGCGGCGUGGGGUCAUCUACAGCCCGGCCUGGCCCCUCAACUACCCGCCAGGCACCAACUGCAGCUGGUACAUCCAGGGCGACCGUGGUGACAUGAUUACCAUCAGCUUCCGCAACUUUGAUGUGGAGGAGUCCCACCAGUGCUCCCUGGACUGGCUCCUGCUGGGCCCAGCAGCCCCGCCCCGCCAGGAGGCCUUCCGCCUCUGUGGCUCCGCCAUCCCACCUGCCUUCAUCUCUGCCCGCGACCAUGUCUGGAUUUUCUUCCACUCGGACGCCUCCAGCUCCGGCCAGGCCCAAGGCUUCCGUCUGUCUUAUAUCCGAGGGAAGCUGGGCCAGGCAUCCUGCCAGGCAGAUGAGUUCCGCUGUGACAACGGCAAGUGCCUGCCCGGCCCGUGGCAGUGCAACACGGUGGACGAGUGUGGAGACGGCUCUGAUGAGGGCAACUGCUCAGCGCCCGCCUCCGAGCCUCCGGGCAGCCUGUGCCCUGGGGGGACCUUCCCAUGCAGCGGGGCUCGCUCCACGCGCUGCCUGCCUGUGGAGCGGCGCUGUGACGGCUUGCAGGACUGUGGCGAUGGCUCAGAUGAGGCGGGCUGCCCCGACCUGGCCUGCGGCCGGCGGCUGGGCAGCUUCUAUGGCUCCUUUGCCUCCCCAGACCUGUUCGGCGCCGCCCGCGGGCCCUCAGACCUUCACUGCACGUGGCUGGUGGACACACAGGACUCCCGGCGGGUGCUGCUGCAGCUGGAACUGCGGCUGGGCUACGACGACUACGUGCAGGUAUACGAGGGCCUGGGCGAGCGCGGGGACCGCUUGCUGCAGACGCUGUCCUACCGCAGCAACCACCGGCCCGUGAGCCUGGAGGCCGCCCAGGGCCGCCUCACCGUGGCCUACCACGCGCGCGCCCGCAGCGCCGGCCACGGCUUCAAUGCCACCUACCAGGUGAAGGGCUAUUGCCUCCCCUGGGAGCAGCCGUGCGGGAGCAGUAGUGACAGUGACGGGGGCAGCCCGGGCGACCAGGGCUGCUUCUCGGAGCCACAGCGCUGUGAUGGCUGGUGGCAUUGUGCCAGCGGCCGAGACGAGCAGGGCUGCCCUGCCUGCCCGCCCGACCAGUACCCCUGCGAGGGUGGCAGUGGUCUGUGCUACACGCCUGCGGACCGCUGCAACAACCAGAAAAGCUGUCCCGACGGCGCCGAUGAGAAGAACUGCUUCUCCUGCCAGCCCGGCACCUUCCACUGCGGUACCAACCUGUGCAUCUUUGAGACGUGGCGCUGUGACGGCCAGGAAGACUGCCAGGACGGCAGCGAUGAGCACGGGUGCCUGGCCGCCGUGCCCCGCAAGGUCAUCACGGCGGCGCUCAUCGGCAGCCUGGUGUGCGGCCUGCUGCUGGUCAUCGCGCUGGGCUGCGCCUUCAAGCUCUACUCACUUCGCACGCAGGAGUACAGGGCCUUCGAGACCCAGAUGACGCGCCUGGAGGCUGAGUUCGUGCGGCGGGAGGCACCCCCAUCCUAUGGUCAGCUCAUCGCCCAGGGCCUCAUUCCACCCGUGGAGGACUUUCCUGUCUACAGUGCGUCCCAGGCCUCUGUGCUGCAGAAUCUUCGCACAGCCAUGCGGAGACAGAUGCGUCGGCACGCCUCCCGCCGGGGGCCCUCCCGCCGCCGCCUCGGCCGCCUCUGGAACCGGCUCUUUCACCGGCCGCGGGCGCCCCGAGGCCAGAUCCCACUGCUGACCGCAGCACGCCCCUCACAGACCGUGCUGGGCGAUGGGUUCCUGCAGCCUGCUCCAGGGGCUGCCCCUGACGCCCCAGCACCGCUCAUGGACACAGGCAGCACCAGGGCGGCCGGAGACGGACCCCCCAGUGCCCCCGGCCGUGCACCGGAGGUGGGACCUUCAGGGCCACCCUUGCCCUCGGGCCUGCGAGACCCAGAGUGCAGGCCCGUGGACAAGGACAGAAAGGUCUGCAGGGAGCCACUGGCAGACGGCCCAGCUCCUGCGGAUGCACCUCGGGAGCCCUGCUCAGCCCAGGACCCGCACCCCCAGGCCUCCACUGCCAGCAGCACCCUGGGCCCCCACUCGCCAGAGCCACUGGGGGUCUGCAGGAGCCCCCCGCCCCCCUGCUCCCCAAUGCUGGAGGCCAGCGAUGAUGAAGCCCUGUUGGUCUGUUGACCGCUGGGCUCGCUGGUGACCGCCACAGCCCCGCUUUGUAACCAGGGAAUACACAGUCAUUUCUACCCUGCCUCUGCGUCCUUUCUUAUGGAGAGGCCCUCCGGGGACCCCAGCCGAGGGGCUGGGCCCUCAGCCAGCUGGCUGCACUGGUGGGCAUGGUGGGCGGGAGCUCUGGGACUGAACAGCUGGGGAGAAGGAUGGAGCGGUGAGCCCAUCUGCAGGGUCCCAGUGUACACAAGCACCCUGGGGUCUCACUUCUGUCCCCCGACUCCAUUCUGGGAACCCAUUUCCAGAGAAGCAGGGGACCAGAGCCUUUUUGCUUCAUCUGCCCUGCAGUGGCACCAGCCGCCCCUAGAGCUGGGAGUUGUCAUGAGGAUGGGGCCGGGCCAUGGGGACGCUGGGUCUCAUCCGUGGUGACUGUUCUGCCCACGCCUCACCCUCUUCCUGUCCAGCAAGGCCCCUGGAGGACCUGGGUUGGGCAGCUCCUGCCAAACCCUCAUGCCCCUGGCCAGGCAGGCGCCCUUUGCCCUCCCUGAGGGUCCAAUCUCCUGGGCACUGUGGCAGGGCCAGGGUGUGUGCCUGGUGUACAGGAAGCCCUUGGAGUUCCCUGCAGGCCUCAAAGACCCCAGGACAUGCUGCUCUGUGCUUUCUGGGGACAGAGAGGCCGAGGCACCAACAGCAGUGGCCACAUCUGUUCCAUCCUAUCUCAGGGCCUCAGUUUCCCCACCUGUAAGCCAGGGUGAGACUGUGGGCUCUGAAGUCCUGACCUUCAGUCUGCGGUGAUUUAUGGGAAGAAAGACAAUCUCAGCUGGGAGCCCCGGAGCUCUCCUGGGUGGCCGAGCUCAGACUGGCAUCGAGCGGCCUGGGGUAGGGGCGGACUGAGCUGCUCCCCCAUCCUUGACAUCCCUUUAGGGCAGGGGGACUCUGGGUGCCAUGGUGGGGAGUGCCUGUGUCAAGCAGCAAAGCCCCCUAAUGUCGAGAGCCUCCUCCAGGGCCUGCCACGGCAUCUUCCUGGCCAGCAACAUGUGUGCACCCACCGAGGUAUGCCCCAGCCGCUCCCGUCUGUGCCCAUCAGGGACUCCCCAUAGCGCGAGCGAACAGCCAGCCCUGUUUAUUUAUAGGCCUUUUCAGGAAAAGCUAGCAGGGCAGUGCUAAGACAGGAAACCCAGUCCACAUUUUAGGGCUUCCUUAAAACAGGCUUCUAAGAGUCGUAUCUUUUUUUUUUUUUCCCAGAAAGAAAAAAAGACAAAACUUUUUUGCCAAAACACCUCCUCAAUAAACAACAUGUAAACAGAAA